AUGUUCGGCAACCACCCGAUCGGUAUCUCGUACGCCCCAUACCGCUUGCUCACUGCAGUCUUGUCUGUGAGCAAGAAGAUCCAUGGUGAGGCACAUGAGAUGCUCUACCGCGAGAACUAUUUUGUGACUAUCUCCAGUGACUGGGAGAUGAACUUCACAUACAUGACAAACCAUGAAGUUACCACUGUCUGUCAAAAGCCACAGCUCGUUGCCAGGUUCAAGAACAACAUUAUGCGCUUGCAUAUCAAGUUCCCAUGGGCCAAGACCCAAGGGAACACCAAAGUCCAUGCCAGUUUCAUCGUGCUAGUUCAGGAUCUGCCUAGCUUCACACGAUUGCUUUAUUUCUUGGGUGUCACUAAUAGUAGAAUACGACCGCAACUUAACUUAAAUUUCCGGAUCGAACCCACAGAUGCCGGCCCUCCAAGCCUUGCCAUCCAGAAGACUCUCCUAGAGCCAUUUCGCAGUUUGACGACCGCUGAACAGAAUGUGAACUUCUAA